CUUCAUAGUGCCUUCCAAGUAAUUAAUAUUAUUGUUGCUUCUGCAAAUCCCAGUUGAUGUGGGUCUUCAUGAGCCAGCAAAACUUAUUGGGGAAUGGGCUUAGUCUUCAAGGAAAUUUGGUGAGCGACCUCCACCUAAGCGGCUCACCAGGGAAGCUAUGAGAAAUUAUUUAAAGGAGCGUGGUGAUCAAACAGUCCUAAUCCUUCAUGCGAAAGUUGCACAGAAAUCUUAUGGGAAUGAAAAGAGGUUUUUUUGCCCCCCACCAUGUGUAUAUCUUAUGGGUAGUGGGUGGAAGAAAAAAAAAGAGCAGAUGGAACGGGAUGGCUGCUCUGAACAAGAGUCUCAACCAUGCGCCUUUAUUGGGAUAGGAAAUAGUGACCAAGAAAUGCAGCAGUUAAACCUGGAGGGAAAGAACUAUUGCACAGCUAAAACCUUGUACAUAUCUGACUCUGACAAGCGAAAGCACUUCAUGUUAUCAGUAAAAAUGUUCUACGGCAAUAGCGAUGAUAUUGGCGUGUUCCUCAGUAAACGGAUCAAAGUAAUCUCCAAACCUUCUAAAAAGAAACAGUCACUGAAAAAUGCAGACUUAUGUAUUGCAUCAGGGACAAAAGUGGCACUGUUCAAUAGACUUCGGUCGCAAACAGUUAGCACCAGAUACUUGCACGUAGAAGGAGGAAACUUUCACGCCAGCUCACAACAGUGGGGAGCAUUUUACAUUCAUCUCUUGGAUGAUGAUGAAUCAGAAGGAGAAGAAUUCACAGUUCGAGAUGGCUACAUUCAUUAUGGCCAGACUGUGAAGCUUGUUUGUUCAGUUACUGGCAUGGCACUCCCAAGAUUGAUAAUUCGGAAAGUGGACAAACAAACGGCAUUAUUAGAUGCAGAUGAUCCAGUAUCACAGCUCCAUAAGUGUGCAUUCUACCUUAAAGAUACUGAACGAAUGUACUUGUGCCUUUCCCAAGAACGAAUUAUCCAGUUUCAAGCCACUCCAUGCCCAAAGGAACCAAAUAAAGAGAUGAUUAAUGAUGGAGCUUCAUGGACAAUCAUUAGCACAGACAAGGCAGAGUAUACCUUUUAUGAGGGGAUGGGACCGGUCCAUGCUCCAGUAACACCUGUGCCUGUUGUGGAAAGUCUUCAGUUGAAUGGUGGUGGGGAUGUAGCAAUGCUGGAACUAACUGGGCAGAACUUCACUCCAAAUUUACGUGUCUGGUUUGGGGAUGUGGAAGCUGAAACAAUGUACAGAUGUGCAGAGAGCAUGCUGUGUGUCGUUCCUGACAUUUCUGCAUUCCGGGAAGGCUGGAGGUGGGUCCGUCAGCCAGUCCAGGUUCCAGUCACGUUGGUCCGCAACGAUGGAAUAAUCUACUCUACCAGCCUUACAUUUACAUACACACCAGAGCCAGGGCCCCGACCCCACUGCAGCGCUGCUGGAGCAAUCCUCAGAGCCAACUCAAGUCUCCUGACAUCCAGUGAAGCAAACACGAACAGCGAGGGAAGUUACACAAACGUCAGCACAAACCCAACCAAUGUCACAUCAACAACGGCAACAGUAGUUUCCUAACCACUGCUCUUUGUGUGGAACUUCUUAAAAACUGACUUUCAAGUGCUUCAUACAACAAAACUGAACAACUUUUGUGGUUUCAUGGGAAAAACCUCUUCACUGCUCUUUGAAUCUUUAUCACCUACAAGUGCUGAUCUCAAAAGAAGCCACAAUAAAGAAAAAAGUUUGUGAGGGAUGGGGACAAUAGCUCCUUUAUUCAAAAUCUAUUUUUAGUUGUCUCUUUAAAAAUGGGCACGAAACUAAGAAAUAAACAAAAGUGGCUGGGAUACAAGUUGAACUAAAAAACAUGGACGUUACAUAGUUUUUAUGGACCAAGGAACGCUUUAGUAUAAAAGGUACAUUUUCACCAUGCCUUUUUGUAUCACAACAUAUAGUACGCUUUUGUUACCAAAUAGUUUAUAUAUUAUUAUUUUUUCCUCUGGGCGUUUGCUCUGAAGUAUAUUCAGGUUCCAAGCCUGACCAUGCUUGUAUAAUCUAAUUACCAUACUCUUCCAGUUUUUUAAAUAUAUAUAAAUAUAUAUAUAUUUUUGGUCUGUGGCUGGAACUGUUGCAUUUUUUUUAAACUGAAGUCUUGUGACUUUUUAUGAACUGAAUUUUUUGUUUUUAUUUUCAGCAAGUAGAACCUUGUAAAGGCCAGCAUAUUUUUUUUAAGAUUAUAUGAAGUUUGUGCAAAAGCUUUAAAAAUGCCUCUGCCUUGCCUGCAAUACAUGCGAUGUAUAUUAACUUUAGAGCUCCCUUUUUUGUCAUUGCGGAUAGUUCUUCCCAAGUGUUUCUUUUUUUUUUAAUGUAUUUAUAGUGUUGAUUCAUGAGGUUUUUAACAUUACAAAUGUGGCCUCUUGUGCAGUUACCCUAAGUACUCAUGCUACUUGCAAUAUGUUAGUGUUUUAAAGGGUUCUUCCCUUCCUUUCACAGUCAAUACAUGCAUCAGAAUACAUUUUCAGGACUUCUUCAGGUUGGCGUUUUAUUUUUUUGUAUUUUUUUGCUAAACUUGUACAUAAUUUGCUGUUACGUGUAAGUUAAAUGUGUGUGAGAUUCCCCCACCCACCCCAAGUGGACUGUUCCCAGUACCUUCAUUUGGCAGCAUGUUUUCUGUCUUGUUGGAAUAUGAGAGCAUUUUUCUUGAUGCAUUGGCCACAAACGGGAUUGAUAGGUGCGUCUCUUCACUAUGAAUUGGGAGCCUUCGCAAACUACCUUGGCUGUCCUCAAGCGAUUAGGCCAACCUAACAAACUAGUCUUUUGUAUGAUAUUCUUUUCUUUGAGUGUGAAGUUGAUUGUACAGUUAAAUGAUAGUACUUAGUAAUGGCUGGUUGAAAAAGCACCGAGGUGGACUGCGCUUUUCCCUCUUUCUCUCCCUUGCCAGCAACCUAGUGCAAUGUUCAGACUUCUUCCCGCUCCUAUGUUAACUGAGGGCCAAUCCACACCACUGCUUCCUUUUCUGCAAAGUAGUCUUUAAAGCUCCUUGGGGCAAAUUCUAUAGAGGCUUUUGUGAAUGGGCCCAGUUUUAAAGAGCCUGGGUAUGAAUGCAUUGUUUCCACACUCUCUUGGGACACCCUUUGUGGCAUAUCAGAUGCCUCUGAGGAUGCUUCCCUUACCUUCAGGAGCAGCUUUCCAGGGGGCGCACAGCUCAAUAUAGGAAGGAGGGCAUGAAAAGCCCGAGGGCACAUGUGAAAGGCAAUGCGCUGUUUUUGAAUCCUGGCCAAUGGGUCCCCCUGCCAUUAUAUGCCUGGGAAUUCUAGAGAUUGAAGUUUAUUGGAUGAUUAACUGGUGCAGAAGCCUGACAUGCACUGGACUUAGUCAAAAGGCUGACCUUCUGUGUAGAUCUCACCAUGGAUUGAUUGCCAAACUCCACUUGUAGAAGAGAAAAAAGUGGUUGAUUUGGCUCUUGAGUUACACUAGACGAAUAUCAGUGGUACUUUUAUUUGGAAUUUGCCCCAUUUUUUUGAGAAUUUAUUUGAAACUAUCUGAUUAGUUUGCAAGCACAGAACUGUGAUCAAUUUAAGAUACAGCCCCAACAUGCAGUCCACCUCCUGUUCCUUCCCUAAAGGAGAAAUGCUGAAUUCUGUGUAAAUCCUCACUUGUUCCAUAACAAACACACUGCAGUGGCUAAUAUGAACCCAUGGGUUCUUACAGGGAAACAUUUGACUAUACAAGCAACCUUACUGGGUUCCAUUACCUUCCACGUAGUCUUCAAUUUUAAUCAUCAGCAAUAUUGUUGAGUGUCGUCGGUAGAUUCCCUCCCUGCCCCCACUAUUUGAAAGCUGUGUCUGUUCAAAACAUUUGGUUAAAUCAAUGCCUCCUAAAGCGUGUUUUUAAUUCUACCAUAGGCCUUCCUGUAUGCUGUUUUUGGUCAGACCAUUUAACUUUUCCCCAACAACAUUGUUUGCAAACCACUCGCUCUUAAUGCUAGGGGAUUACUGCCUCGCCUCAUCUCUUUUUUCAGUGACCAAGGGCAGGAUUCAUUGUGGCCUUAUCUCUGGUUUAAGCUGUUUACUGGCAUUCACUUGCAAACCUGUAUACUUGUCUGUGUAACUUCCUAUUGUAAUGUGGCGGAAAUAUCUUCACAGUGUAUGUUAAAGAUAUAUUGAGUAUUAUGCAGUACCAUUUAGCUUGUGGACUACAGACAUUUUGCUGACUAUCUUUGGGAUCAAAAAGUAAUAGUAUUCUGAGGUUUCAGUCACAUCAAAGAACUAAUAACUACAUGCAUAGUUGAUUUAAAACUGUUACAAGCCUUUCAACUUCCAUUGAAUAUUUUAGCAAACUUCUCAGAUUCCUCUGGACAUACGUCAAUGCUCCUAUGUUGACAUUUUUGCAUAUAGUUGCAUCUGAUUCUAUUUAGUCUCUGCCAAACUUUGCCCAAUGGCAUAUAUUUAAUAUUUGUAUGUCUUCGGGAAUCUAACAGAUAACAUAUUUAGUUCUUUGCCUUUCUCUACCCCACAGGAUAGUGUGAGUAUGUCAGAGGAGGGGAGAUAAACUCAAUAUUCAGCAGUAUCUUGUACCUUAGCUUUUGUACGUUAAUUGGGAAAAUUAAUUAUUUCUCAAAAGCCUUCCAGAGUCUUAUUCGUCUGAGAGGUGCUCAGUGGAGUGACUCUUUACUUUCUGAAUCAUUUGCCCUAUGAGCUGCAUUAAUAGGUUUGUCCAUUCAACUCCCAUAACGGAAGCCCAAGGAAGCUUAAUUUGUGUGCUAAUGUUGCAGUCCUUCCCACAGUUACUUGUGCAGUACUUCUCCAAAAAAUGAUACUGCUCUCCUCAAACUGCUUGCUUCUCGAAGGUUAAGAGCCUAAAUUAGAUGGCUUCAAAAUAUCCAGAGAGAGAAUUGCAGCUUUACGAUCAUAGCCAGCAGACAUGGUGAAUUGUUCAGUCAUACCCAUGAAACUUGUUUAGGGCCCUGUGGGUUGGAGGGACUAGAUGUUUGAGUGUUAUAAACCUUCACACCAGAAAAAACUAGCACAUCUGGAGAAAGGAAUCAGCCUAGUUUUUUUCUGAACUUGCUAGAUGUCUGUCAGCAAGGAGGGCUUUUUUCUCCAUGGGAGCAGAACUCAUACAUGCAGAUCCUCUCAGCUGCAGUGGUAGAGUCUUAAGGAAAAAUUUGGAUUGUGUAACUGCUCCUUACUCUUACAUUGGGAAAUGGGGGUGGUGAUACUUGACAUUUUGAGUUGUUUCAAACUGCUUUGUAAAUUGCUCUCUUGAGGAUUUGAGAGAGAAAGUAGUGUGUUCUGUUUGGGAACAGUAAUUAAAAUCAGUACUGCUAUUACAUUUUAGGUCACUGUUAAACUGUCCAGUUCAUAUUUUCUAUAGGUCAGAGUCUCAAGGGAUCAUACAGACUGUCUGAAAAUCUAAGUACAAUGUUUUAAUGCACCUCUGAUACUAGUCCAACCUGUUUCAGAGCUAAUAGCUUCAUAGUGGCUUAUAUGCUGAAACAAAAUGCUUACUUCAAUUAUUAAUCAUGCCAUUUUCUAUUUUUUUCCUUUCAGAAUCUGUGUAUAUGAUGAGUAGAGAAUGUGUGUAUGUUCCUGUGUCAGAUGUGUUAACUUGUUUUCAGAUACUGUAAAUGUGGGAUUGAGUGGCAGGUUUGUGUUAGAAAAAGAAUUAGGCUUUCUCGCUAACCCUUUUGGGACUGAAGUGUCUCUCUUUCCAUUGAAAUACUGAGUAGCUGCUCCAACAUUGUGAAUGUGUUCUUCUCGGCCACUCCCCCUGUGUUCCCUUCUUGUUUGGCUGAAUUAUAUUCCUCUUACUGUAUUGUAUCUCUGGAGGUAAAUCUUCACAACAAACAACUCAUGUAUUAUUAGCCUGGGAGAGGAGAGAGAGAAAUUUGCUUACAGCCCAGUUCUAUGCAUAUUUUCUUGGAAGCAAGUCUCAUGGAAUUCAGUGUAGUUUGGCUAUCAGGAGAAAAAUAGCUGUUGCUGUAUGCCCUCCACUCCACCCCCCUUAGUCGUGCUGGUCCUCAGUGAUUGUAGCUAUCUUCGCAAAGAAGCGAUUUGUUCUGGCAGCAAUACGACAAACAGUUUACUUUCAAAAGUACUAUAAUGGCUACUGACCAGAUGGGUUGGUGUUGGUGAAGGAGUAAUGAAAGCUCUUGUUUCACCCAUGAAAAGAGCAGGCAUGGUUCAGCAGCCUAAGGUAAAGAAUUUCGUUUGCAAAUACCCUGAAGAUAACCCCACUGAACUCAGAAGGAUUUACUUCUGAGUAAACUUGCAUAUGAUCGGGGCUGAUUAGGGAGGGCAGCAUUUACUAGUCAAAACAUUGGCUCCGGGCCUCUAGGAAUAUGUUUUUCAGUGUCUGUAUUGUGUGUCCCUGUGUGUAUACAUGCUCAUUCAGUCCUUAAAGGGUUUUAUUUUACCAAUUUGCGCACCCGUAAAGUUUCGUAGCAAUAAAAUAGAAGACUAGGCAAGUCUUCACUGUGAUUUUGUAGGAAAACGAAUCUGCUCAGUUUCAUAUUUCAUCAAAAUUUAAAAGUCUGCAAUGUGAGUGGUUUGCAGGAAUAAAUACAACUCUCAAAUGUAUUGUAAACUAUUUUAUGUGCGUUGUCACAUGUACAGUGUAAUUAGCACAUUCAAUAUUUGAUUUUUAAAAAUUUCACUGAAGUUUGUCAAGAUUAAUGUUCUGUUACUCUUCAUGUGACUUAAGAUGCGAAGAUUAUUGCAAACUUGUUGAAAUUUUGAUGCACCUGCAUAGAAGGAGUCAGUUGAUUUUUUUCUGGGAGGGGACAAUGAGGUCAUCUGUGCAAGCAGAAGAGCAACACAAACCCAUGCAAGAAGUCAACAGUAGUUAUGAGGACCUGCACUCUGGACUCCAUGCAAACUGGAUAUGGGAUUUCUUUUAAUACUUGUAAAAAUUGCAGAAGUUAGACAAGACUGUUUUUAUUCCAAUAUUGUAAAUAUGAACUAGUUCACUUUUUGAUAUUAUUUAUUAAAUAAGGAAAAAAAA